CGGAGGCGGAGGCCAGUUCCCUAGCUCCAGCCGCCGCAGCCGUUGCCUGUGCAGUUGCAGCCUCAGCCGUCUCCUGCCAGCUCGCUCCGGGGAAAGAGAACGCGCGCUAGCUCGGGCGUCCCCGCCCCACCUUUCCAGAGCCAUGAAUCCCAACUGCGCCCGGUGUAGCAAGAUCGUGUACCCCACAGAGAAGGUGAACUGUCUGGAUAAGUUCUGGCAUAAAGCAUGCUUCCAUUGCGAAACCUGCAAGAUGACACUCAACAUGAAGAACUACAAGGGCUAUGAGAAGAAGCCCUACUGCAACGCACACUACCCCAAGCAGUCUUUCACCAUGGUGGCUGACACCCCGGAAAACCUCCGCCUCAAGCAACAGAGUGAGCUCCAGAGUCAGGUGCGCUACAAGGAAGAGUUUGAGAAGAACAAGGGCAAAGGCUUCAGCGUGGUGGCAGACACACCCGAACUCCAGAGAAUCAAGAAGACCCAGGACCAGAUCAGUAAUAUAAAAUACCAUGAGGAGUUUGAGAAGAGCCGCAUGGGUCCCAGCGGGGGUGAGGGCAUGGAGCCCGAGCGCCGAGAUCCCCAGGACAGCAGCUACCGGCGACCCCAGGAGCAGCAGCAGCCUCACCACAUCCCGACCAGCACCCCAGUUUACCAGCAGCCCCAGCAGCAGCAGGCAGCCCAGUCCUACGGCGGCUACAAGGAGCCUGCAGCCCCGGUCUCCGUACAGCGCAGCGCCCCGGGCGGGGGCGGGAAGCGGUACCGUGCUGUGUACGACUACAGUGCCGCCGACGAGGAUGAGGUCUCCUUCCAGGAUGGGGACACCAUCGUCAAUGUGCAGCAGAUCGAUGACGGCUGGAUGUACGGGACCGUGGAGCGCACCGGCGACACGGGGAUGCUGCCCGCCAACUACGUGGAGGCCAUCUGAGCCCACUGGGCACCGCCCUGCCCCAUCCAUCUUCAGUGCAUUCCACCGCAUUGCAUCUGUCCUGGGCGUGACCUGUCCACCCUUCAGUGUCUCUGUUUUUUAAAAUCUGCGACAGCUUGUCUAUUCUCCCCCUCUUCCAGCUUCUUUUGCCAACUGAAGCCUUGUUCUGCCACUUUCAUGGCUCCUUCCUCCGGCAGGUUUUCCCAUUGACCAACUUUGUGAUUUUCUCUCUGGAUGGAUCAGGUGUGGGCCGCUCUUGGGAGGGGAGGGGGCGAGGCCCAUGGAGCUGGUCUGGGUGGGAGACCAGUCGGCUCUAAGUCCUCUGCCUUCUCUCUUUUCUGCCCCCUCAGUCCCUCCUGUCCACCCACCCAGACAUUCCAGGGCCCCAGGACUCCCAGGGGAGGGGCUCCACACAUUCCCAGAAGUGGACCCCACCGCCCUUGCUCCUGGAACGGGGAUGGGGGUGUGGAGAGGGUGCUGCCAUUGUGCAGGGCUGCUGGCCCUCCAAGGUUCCCCUCACCACCCUCUCCCCCUCUCAAGGGCAACAGGAGAGGGUAAAGUUCCUGCUUGGGGAUUCAUUCACCCCCUCCCCUCACAGUUCCUUGUCACACUGUGAUUUUGCUCUCCCGCCCACGCGGGCCUGGUGUGGGCCAGGAGCUCCCCAGGAAGCACGGCUUGCGUCCGGUUCUCGCCUUUCUUCAGGGACAGCUGUGGGGACGAGGAAAACGAGGUGUUCUCUCUGCAGCCCUUUUCCCUCACUCCCACCCCAGUCUCCAGGGUCCCUGGCUUGCCUCCUCGGCUGGAAGUCAUGGUUCUGAAAGGUAGAAUGAGGAACGCUUGGUGCUUGUUUCGCAGCACAUAUACUUAAAAAAAGAGGAAGGCUUGGGCCUCCCAGCCUGCACAGCCCAGCCCCUGAGAUCUGGUUACCCGCCUCACCUCCCCCCUCCUCCUGGGAAGAUGUCUCUGGCCUUCCAUGGCCCCCCAACCCCCCAACUCCGGCCUGACACCAGGUGGACUGGACUGUGCGAAGCCACAGGCCCCUCUGUAUCUCCAGGACCUCAUGGGGGUGGGGGAGGAGUGCAUGUCUGCAGGUGUCUGUGACAGGCUGGAGUGAGUGUAAGCACGAGAGAAGCGGGUGGGGUGCAGCCCAUGUGAGGGUGCACGGAACUGCCUUCUCUGUUUUCCUCAAACCCACAAUGAGAUGGGUGGCCCUGGGGGAGAGAAUUCCUUAUGUUUUCUUGGGAGUGAAAAAUCCCACCUUUUGCUUGUGGCCCCAAAUGGGGAAGCCCACCAUCCCCCUUUCCAAUGGGCAGGGCAGAAGUGAGAGGUGAUUGCGUAUUUGGGGGCUGAUGUUGGGGCCUGUAGCUUGCUGGGGAGGGGAUUAGGGCAAAAGUUUGUGGCUCCAGGCAUACUCUCUUCCCCCAUCUCUGUGUCCUGGGCUGCAGAGUAGGGGACCAGAGGACCCUGUGUCCCUUACACUGUGUUCUCUGCCCCCAGGCCUCCCCCUCAUUUACCUAAAGCCUCGCUGAAGCAGAGGGAGAGGGUCCCAGGGCUACAAAACUGGAAGCACAGAGCCGGGAUGAGAGAGGGAAAGAUGGUGCUAUCUCCUAGUCCCUCUUCUCGCUCGUUGGUGGGUAUGAUGACCUUGCCUGGCUUUAGUCAUCUCUGGGCUUGCUUGUCACCCUCCUGGGUGUCCCCCUCCCAUCUUCACCAUGGGUCCACUCGGGCCCCACAGUUGACAUCUUUGCAUCCUUGUGUCCUGCAGGAGAGGGAGGGGCCCAUGGGCAUAUUAAAUAAUCAAGUCCUCACUGCUUGUGAGUUGACUUGGGAAUAUUUACCCCAAAUCAGAGGGUUGAAACCCCUGCCUGACCAAUCCUUUUUCCUCCUUGGCUGCAGCCGAGGUGAGGGCAGGUGGAGUGUCUUAUAUUGAGCAAUUAGGGGGAUGAGGGAGGCAAAGAGGGAACAAUUUGGGGAGCCUUAGGGCAGAGACUGGUCCAUUCUGUUUCCUCUUGACCUCAAAGCACAAUGUGGAUUCUGGGACCAAAGGUCAGAGACACAUCCUGUUGGAGAACCUGCGGUUGGGAGGGUGGUGAGAGGGCCAGAGGCGGGGCCUGGAGGAGCAAGCAGCAGCCUGUUUUCACUCAGCUUAAUUUUCCUUCCAAAACAAGGCAAAACAGCCACUGGAAUCUUGCUGCCAGCCCUCUGCUCCUCCCACCCUAAAAAUAGGGGAACUUUUCUUACACACCCCCAGAGAGAGGAGGGACUGUCACACUGGUGCUGAGGGACCCAGGAGCUGCUAGGAGUCCUUAUUCCUUUCCAGAACCAUCUAUCCCUAGAAGAGCACAGAAUCUCAAGGACUGGGCCAAGUCUCAGUCUUUUCUUACAGUUCACAGAGGGUUUUUAGCCAGUCUAAUCCCAGGAAAGAAGAUGCAUCAAAGCCAGAAUGUGAAUAUAACUUUAGUGGACCAAUAAUAAAGUACAAGGAGCCCAAUGGGGAGAAAAGUGAAUUCUCUCAAUAUUGCUUCUGGUUUUCUUCCUCAUGUCCCUCCAGGGAAAACUACUUAUUGCUUAAUUUCUGCCUUUUUCCCCUCACAUAUGCACUUUUGGGCCUUUUUUUUUUUUAAUAGCUGGAAAAAAAUACCACCCCACAAACCUGUAUUUAAACAGAAAUGACCAUGUGAAAUUUGCCUCUGUCCGAACAUUUCAUCCGUGUGUGUGAAGCCGUCCGUUCAUGUUUUUCUAUGGGGUGGUUGUCUUUUCUUGGUCUGUUUUGGUCCCCUCCCUCGUGGGCUUUGCUUGGGAUCAAAUCUUUCUGGCCUGUUAUGAUUUUGAACAUUUGACUUGGACCACAAGUGAAUCUUUCUCCUGGUGACUCAAAUAAAAGUAUAAUUUUUACCUGCA